AUGCAGCCCUCCCUCCCCUCAGGUCACCAAAGCCCUUCUCCUGGAGACAUCCAGCCCUCCCUCCCCUCAGGACACCAGGGCUCUUCUGGAGACAUCCAGCCCUCCAUCCCCUCAGGUCACCAGGGCUCUUCUGGAGACAUCCAGCCCUCCAUCCCCUCAGGCCACCAAGGCUCUUCUGGAGACAUCCAGCCCUCCCUCCCCUCAGGUCACCAAAGCCCUUCUCCUGGAGACAUCCAGCCCUCCCUCCCCUCAGGUCACCAGGGCUCUUCUGGAGACAUCCAGCCCUCCCUCCCCUCAGGUCACCAGGGCCCUUCUCCUGGAGACAUCCAGCCCUCCCUCCCCUCAGGUCACCAGGGCCCUUCUCCUGGAGACAUCCAGCCCUUCCUCCCCUCAGGUCACCAGGGCCCUUCUCCUGGAGACAUCCAGCCCUCCCUCCCCUCAGGUCACCAGGGCCCUUCUCCUGGAGACAUCCAGCCCUCCCUCCCCUCAGGUCACCAGGGCUCUUCUGGAGACAUCCAGCCCUCCCUCCCCUCAGGUCACCAGGGCCCUUCUCCUGGAGACAUCCAGCCCUUCCUCCCCUCAGGUCACCAGGGCCCUUCUCCUGGAGACAUCCAGCCCUCCCUCCCCUCAGGUCACCAGGGCCCUUCUCCUGGAGACAUCCAGCCCUCCCUCCCCUCAGGUCACCAGGGCCCUUCUCCUGGAGACAUCCAGCCCUCCCUCCCCUCAGGUCACCAGGGCUCUUCUGGAGACAUCCAGCCCUCCAUCCCCUCAGGUCACCAGGGCCCUUCUCCUGGAGACAUCCAGCCCUCCCUCCCCUCAGGUCACCAAAGCCCUUCUCCUGGAGACAUCCAGCCCUCCAUCCCCUCAGGCCACCAGGGCUCUUCUGGAGACAUCCAGCCCUUCCUCCCCUCAGGUCACCAGGGCCCUUCUCCUGGAGACAUCCAGCCCUUCCUCCCCUCAGGUCACCAGGGCCCUUCUCCUGGAGACAUCCAGCCCUUCCUCCCCUCAGGUCACCAGGGCCCUUCUCCUGGAGACAUCCAGCCCUUCCUCCCCUCAGGUCACCAGGGCCCUUCUCCUGGAGACAUCCAGCCCUUCCUCCCCUCAGGUCACCAGGGCCCUUCUCCUGGAGACAUCCAGCCCUUCCUCCCCUCAGGUCACCAGGGCCCUUCUCCUGGAGACAUCCAGCCCUCCAUCCCCUCAGGCCACCAGGGCUCUUCUGGAGACAUCCAGCCCUUCCUCCCCUCAGGUCACCAGGGCCCUUCUCCUGGAGACAUCCAGCCCUUCCUCCCCUCAGGUCACCAAAGCCCUUCUCCUGGAGACAUCCAGCCCUCCAUCCCCUCAGGCCACCAGGGCUCUUCUGGAGAAUCUAGCUCUCCAUCCCCUCAGGUCACCAGGGCCCUUCUCCUGGAGACAUCCAGCCCUCCAUCCCCUCAGAUCACCAGGGCCCUUCUGGAGACAUCCAGCCCUCCCUCCCCUCAGGUCACCAGGGCCCUUCUCCUGGAGACAUCCAGCCCUUCCUCCCCUCAGGUCACCAGGGCUCUUCUGGAGAAAUCUAGCUCUCCAUCCCCUCAGGUCACCAGGGCCCUUCUCCUGGAGACAUCCAGCCCUCCAUCCCCUCAGGCCACCAGGGCUCUUCUGGAGACAUCCAGCCCUUCCUCCCCUCAGGUCACCAGGGCCCUUCUCCUGGAGACAUCCAGCCCUCCCUCCCCUCAGGUCACCAAAGCCCUUCUCCUGGAGACAUCCAGCCCUUCCUCCCCUCAGGUCACCAGGGCCCUUCUCCUGGAGACAUCCAGCCCUCCCUCCCCUCAGGUCACCAGGGCCCUUCUCCUGGAGACAUCCAGCCCUCCAUCCCCUCAGAUCACCAGGGCCCUUCUCCUGGAGACAUCCAGCCCUCCCUCCCCUCAGGUCACCAGGGCUGUUCUCCCUCACCUGCCAGUGCAGAGAUGGCCAUGGUGCCAUGGGAUGGCCCUGCAGAGAUGGGAGUUUGGCAUCAAGGAUGCCAUGCUAAGGUGA